GUCCGGCUGGUUGGAAGAUCUCGCUGCUCUGGGAGGUUAGAGAUCCUUCAUAAUCAGACGUGGAUGUCAGUGUGUGACGCUGUCUUUGACCAGCAGGAUGCAGAGGUUGUGUGUAGAGAGCUGGACUGUGGGGCUCCUGUACAGGUGCUGGGAGCAGCUGCUUUUGACAAAGGAGACGCUCAGAUGUGGACACAAGAGAUUCAGUGUAGAGGAGAUGAGUCUCAGAUUCACCUCUGUCCAAAAUCACCAUCACAUCAAAAGAACUGUUCUCAUGACAAUGAUGUUGGACUUAUGUGUGCAGACAGUGUGAAUGUGAGGUUAGUUGGUGGUCACAGUCACUGUGCUGGUCGAGUGGAGGUUCUUCACAGAGGAUCAGGACCGAUCUGGAUGAGUACUGUCAUGUGUACUGGAUCAGAGUCCACAUUGAAGAUGUGUGGGUCAAGAGGUUGGGGUAAACAUAACUGUUAUCAUAGUGAAGAUGCUGGAGUCAUCUGCUCAGGUGUCAGGUUGGUUGGAGGUUCUCGCUGCUCUGGGAGGUUAGAGAUCCUUCAUAAUCAGACGUGGAUGUCAGUGUGUGACGCUGUCUUUGACCAGCAGGAUGCAGAGGUUGUGUGUAGAGAGCUGGACUGUGGGGCUCCUGUACAGGUGCUGAGAACAGCUGCUUUUGACAAAGGAGUCACUCAGAUGUGGACACAAGAGAUUCAGUGCAGAGGAAAUGAGUCUCAGACUCACCUCUGUCCAAAAUCACCAUCACAUGACAACUGUUCGCAUGACAAUGAUUUUGGACUGAUGUGUGCAGACAGUGUGAAUGUGAGGUUGGUUGGUGGUCACAGUCGUUGUGCUGGUAGAGUGGAGGUUCUUCAUAGAGGUCAGUGGGGAACAGUGUGUGAUGAUGGCUGGGAUUUGUCUGAUGCUGCAGUGGUGUGUAGAGAGCUGGACUGUGGAGAACCUCUAGAUGCUCUGGGUGCUGCUCGUUUUGGAUCAGGAUCAGGACCAAUCUGGAUGACUACAGUAUUAUGUACUGGAUCAGAAUCUACACUGAAAAACUGUGGAUCAUCAGGAUGGGGUAAAAGCAGAUGUUAUCAUGGCAAAGAUGCAGGUGUCAUUUGUUCAGGAGUCAGACUUGUUGGAGGUUCUCACUGCUCUGGGAGGUUAGAGAUCCUUCAUAAUCAGACGUGGAUGUCAGUGUGUGACACUGCCUUUGACCAGCAGGAUGCAGAGGUUGUGUGUAGAGAGCUGGACUGUGGGGCUCCUGUACAGGUGCUGGGAGCAGCUGAUUUUGACAAAGGAGACGCUCAGAUGUGGACACAAGAGAUUCAGUGCAGAGGAAAUGAAUCAUUCAUUCGAUUGUGUCCAACUUCACAUGACAUACAGUGCUCUCAAGAAAACAACGUGGGACUUAAAUGUUCUGAUUUCAACACUGUUAGGUUGGUUGGAGGUAACAGUCCCUGCAGUGGUAGAGUGGAGGUGCAUCAUGAUGGUCAGUGGGGAACAGUGUGUGGUGAUGACUGGGAUAAGACUGAUGCUGAAGUGGUGUGUAGAGAGAUGGGAUGCGGAGAGGCUUUAAAUGUAGUAAAUGGGGCUUACUUUGGACAAGGAUCAGGACCAAUCUGGAUGGAUGAUGUGGCCUGUAGUGGAUCGGAGUCAACUCUGAAAGAUUGUAGAUCAAGAGGAUGGGGUGUUCAUAACUGUGGUCAUCCUGAAGAUGCUGGAGUCCUUUGCUCAGAAACUAUAAACUAUGGACGAUUUACAAGACUUGCUGAUGGGCCUUACCUGUGCUCUGGGAGGCUAGAGAUCCUUCAUGAUCAGAAGUGGAUGUCAGUGUGUGCCGCUGUCUUUGACCAGCAGGAUGCAGAAGUUGUGUGUAGAGAGCUGGACUGUGGGGCUCCUGUACAGGUGCUGGGAGCAGCUGCUUUUGACAAAGGAGACACUCAGAUGUGGACACAAGAGAUUCAGUGCAAAGGAAAUGAAAAACUAAUUCGGCGCUGCCCAUCGUCAACAUCAAAUAAUAUAAACUGCGCCUGUGACAAUCAUGUGGAACUGAUGUGUUCUGGUAUAAUUUUUAAACAAAUCGUAUUAUUUAAUAUACUAAAAUUGUACACGGCUUGACUUUAACAAUGUGGGUGGAUAUCAGUAGUGAUGUGUAACACAGUCAUUAGCAUCUUCGGUUGAUUUCUGCGGGUCCUGAAGAACUCUAAAAUUAGUUGUAUUAAAUAUAAAAUUUCUAAAAUGCUACAUGAAAA